AACAUAGAGUUUCUAGCAAAUCAAUAUGGCGGAUGUUUGAUGAAAAUACUCAAAAAUGCCAAACUGAUUUUGAAAUGUUAGUAGAACUGAUGAUUUGUGGUAAAGAAUCUCUCUUAUUUAUAUAAGUGCUUGAAAAUUUCCAAGCUAUUAUUUUGAUGCAGGCGAUAGCAAAUUGUGUUUCUACAAAAGCCUUGUAGGCCAGACCAGGCCCGUUGCUUGGACCGUUGUCAAAGUUGCACAAGUGCUGGAUUCAUAAAGUUAAAUGUUUGUUGUGAAGAAGCCAUGGUGAUACGCCAGUUAGCAGAUGAGCCUCCUGUAAUUCAAGCUUGUUUUCGAGGGGAUGCUAAUGAACUUCGCUCACUAAUUACAAGGAAAGAAGAUGUCAACUCUUUGGAUCACGAAAGACGAACUCCACUUCAUGCUGCUGCCUAUCUGGGAAAUGUUGAAGUUCUUAACACUUUGAUUGUUAAUGGUUCAAGUGUAAAUACAAAAGAUUCCAGAUGGUUGACUCCACUUCAUUGUGCCUGUGUUACAGGAAAUAAUGAAUGUGUUAAAUCAUUGUUGAAAAACCAUGCAGAUGUCAAUGCAAGAGAUAGGAAUUGGCAAACACCUUUACAUUUGGCAGCAGCAAACAAUAAUGCUCAAUGUGCAGAGUUGUUGGCUCAAGUGGUAAUAAACAUUGACAUUGCUGAUCGCGCUGGACGAACAAGUUUACAGCUUGCAGUUUACAAUGGACAUAUAGAGAUGGUUAACUUUUUACUCACAAGUGGAGCAAAUGUGAACGCUAAAGAUAAAAGAGAAAGACAAGCUAUUCAUUGGGCCGCAUAUCAUGGCCAUAUCGCCUGUCUUGAAAUUCUGAUUGAAAAUGGCUCACGAGUGGAUUGCAGAGAUAAAAAGAUGUAUACUCCACUACAUGCUGCUGCUGCUGGAGGUCAACUCAGUGCAAUAAAAACUUUAAUAAAUGCAGGAGCGAUGGUAGAUAAUCCAAACCAUCUUGGUAACACUCCACUUCAUUUGGCAUGCUAUAACGGUCAGGAUGUUGUAAUUGAGGAGCUCAUUAACCAAGGCGCCAACGUAAAUGCCGCUAACAUUAAAGGCUUGACUCCUUUACAUUAUGCCGCUGCUUCAGAAAAUGGAGAUAUGGUCAUGGAAGUUUUACUCAACGAAGGAGCAAAUCCGAACUCGAAAUGUAAAAAAGGCCAAACUCCUCUUCAUUUGGCUGCAUUAACUGGUCGAAAUAAGCGGACGCAAACUUUGCUUCAACAAAAUGCAUUUGUAAACUCACCCGAUGAAAAUGGGAACACACCUCUCCAUCUUGGAGCUUAUAGCGGGCAUCAAAUUGUAGUUUGUGUUCUACUUGCAAGUGGUGCUGAUCAUAAAAAAUUGGGUUUUGACGGAAUGAGUCCAUUGCAUAUGGCUAGCUUAACGGGUCAAGUUGAAUGCUAAAAGCUAUUGCAAUACGGAGCAUCUAUCAAUAUAAAAGACAACAACAACAGAACGUGUGUUCAUGCAGCGGCCUGCUGUAGCAAUGUAGACUGUCUGGAACUGCUUAUGAGUAAUGGUGCGGAUCAUCAUGUAACUGAUAGGUUUGGAAGAACUCCUCUUCAUUAUGCUGCUGGUCAUGUGCUUUUUGAAAAUGUUGUGCUGUUAGUUGGAUCUGGAUGUAAUGUUAAUAAGACAGAUAUUAAAUCUUGUACUGCAUUACAUUAUGCAUCAGCUCAUGAUGAAGACGCAAGAGUCGUUGAACAUCUUCUUACGAAGGAUGCAGAUGCAAGCAAGAGAGAUAAAAAAGGAUUUACUCCUAUACAUUAUGCUUCCGUUAAAGGAAAUAAACUUACAAUCGAAAUGUUGUUAGAUCAUUGUUCGGCAGAUAUUUUCAAUAUAAGUUCUGGAUCGCCUUCACUGACGCCAUGUCAUUUGGCUGCAUUUAAUGGUCACUUCACUGCACUGGAUGCAUUACUGCAGUCAGCAAUGAGUCCAGAUAUUCAAGAUAGUGACGGUCGAACUCCACUGCAUCUAGCGGCUGCUCAAGGUCACUGUGAAUGUGUGGAGUUAUUGUUGCUACAUGGUGCUAAUGUUGCCAUAUAUGAUGAUGUUAUGAACAACACGUCUUUACAUUAUGCAGCAUGUUAUGGUCACGUGGACUGUAUUAGAACUAUGCUUCAAAAUACCAACGCCUCUGAUGUUAUUGACUUAAUAAAUUUCCAGGAAAGGACUGCACUAAUUUUGGCUGCUACAAAGGGCUACAUUGAAAGCGUAUUGUUGUUGGUUACACAAGGAUGUAAUGUGCGUGCACAAGAUAUUUUUCUUCGAACUGCUUUACAUGGAGUGUCUGCUAAUCCUAAUGGUAGCGAAGAAUGUGUUGAAUGUUUAUUAAAUCAUCAAGCAGAUCCUUUAUCCAGAGAUUGUAAUGGUGCAAGUCCUUUACAUUUGGCCGCUGCUUGCGGUCAUGUUGGGAUUUUGGCUUCAUUGCUACAAGCUUCUGGUACUGGGAAUGUCACAGAUGAUCGUGGUUAUACUCCUUUACACUGGGCUUGCUAUAAUGGUCAUGAAAGCUGUGUUGAUGUACUCUUAGAAGAUGAUAGCUGUCAUACUUUCGUUGGAAAUAGGUUUUCACCUUUGCAUUGUGCUGUUAUAACCGAUAAUUACUCAUGUGCUGAAUUGCUUUUGGAUACCUUAGACGAUGAUAUUGUGAAUUUCCUUGACAAGAAACAAAGGACUGCAAUGCAUGCUGGUGCUUAUAAUGAUCAUGUAGAAUGUUUGGAACUAUUAGAGCAACAUAAUGGAAACAUUGAUGCUGUUGAUGUCGAAGGAUAUUCACCAUUAAUGGUUGCUGCCCAACGUGGUCACGAGAGAGCGAUUGAGUUUUUUCUACAAAAUCUUGCCAAUGUUUCUCUCUGUGACAAAGAUAGCAACACAGCUUUACACUUGUCUUGCAUUGAGGGUCAUUCAUCCAGUACGUUAUUACUGCUAAAACACUGUGUAGAUGCUGAUUUAAGACGAACGAAUUCUUAUGGACAAAGUGCACUUCAUAUAGCGGCUAAAAACGGUCUUGAAGAUGUAGUAAGAGAACUAGUAUCCAAAGGAAGUGACAUAUUUCUUGAAGAUGAAAACGGUUUUACUCCUGCACUAGCAUGUGCUCCUAAUGUACAAGUUGCGCAUUGUUUAUCUAUAUUAUUGAAAGCAAUGGGUUCAAAAACCAGUAAACCUCAAGAACCUGUUAAGAAAAAAAGAGAAGUAUCUCAUUUAAAUUUUAAACCGUCAUACAAUUCGACGAUUUAGCAUAUUCGCUGAACGCAAAGUGCUAUAUUAGGAUUUAUGAAUUUUGUAACUUAUUAGAAUUUAUCUUUUUUGUGUGAAUUCAAUUCUACUAAAGUGCUUUUUAAAACAA